UAUCUGUCUGAUGCAGUCAGUGCAGUGAAAGGCCAGUCUGCUGUGUAAAGGGGCUGUGCAGAAGGGUGUCACUAAAAAAAGGAAACUGUCAAAGUUAAGAAAAACUAUAGUGGUGAACUGACUAAGAGAAAAGAGAAGAACUAUUUGUAAACCCGAGUGGAAAGAGCAACCAUCCUGCGUAGAAGAGAUGGAGUACACGGUGACAGUGGCCACAGGGACGUCUGAAUAUUCAGGAACUAACAACUAUGUGUACGUGACGCUGGUUGGAGAGAAAGGAGAGAGUGAGAGAACCGUGCUGGACAAUCCAGGCCUCGAUCUUUGCAGAGGAGCGGUGGAUGACUACACGGUUCGAAGCAGCACUCAUUUGGGCCGUCUGAUAUUGGUGCGACUGGAGAAACAGAAGUACUGGGUGGAGGACAAUUGGUUCUGCCGUUACGUGAAAGUCAGCGUACCUGGGGAGAGACGCAGUUAUACUUUCCCUUGUUACCGAUGGCUAGUGGGAGACAAAGUGAUGGUGGAGCUUAGAGAAGGCACAGCCAAAAAGUUGAGCGACGACACCUUGCCAGAAGAGAUAGCGCACAGAAAGGCUGAGCUUGAGGAGAGGAAGAAGAUAUUUAGAUGGGUUGCAUGGGCCCCCGGGAUUCCCAAAUGCAUUGAUAGCAAGACAGAGGCAGACCUGCCCCAGGACGUUCGCUUCGACAACGAAAAGCGCAGUGACUUUGUGGGAUCCUUACAAUAUGCGCUUUUAGAGCUCUCUCUGAAAAAAUUGGCAAUCAUGUUUGGAAAAUCCUGGAAUGAUCUGGAUGACUUCAAAAGAAUCUUCUGGAAGCUAAAAAGCCCUGUAGCAGAAUACACUAUGAAGCACUGGAGAGAAGACUGGUUCUUUGGUUACCAGUUCCUCAAUGGCUCAAACCCCCGAAUGAUUAAGAGGAUAGAGAGCCUGCCCCCUAACCUUCCUGUCUCUGGAGACAUGGUACAGUCCUCGCUCAUACAUACAACCACCUUAGAGGCAGAACUUAAGAAAGGAAACAUAUUCCUGGUUGAUUAUCUUAUUAUGGAUGGGAUUCCUGCCAAUGUAAUCAGAGACAAACAGCAACACAUAGCUGCUCCACUUUGCUUACUCUAUGAACAUCCUGACAAAGGCCUCAUUCCCAUUGCCAUACAGCUCGAUCAGACACCUGAUAAGGACACACCCAUAUUCUUACCGAGCGACCCACCUCUGGCCUGGUUAUUGGCUAAGAUGUGGGUUCGUCACGCAGAGUUCCAGGUCUUUCAGCUGUUAUCACAUUUGCUGCGCACACACUUGGUGGUUGAAGUGAUCUGUGUGGCCACAAUGCGACAGCUACCCGCUGUUCACCCUAUAUAUAAGCUCCUGACUCCACACCUGAGGUACACGCUUGAGAUUAAUUGUCGUGGCAGAACCCAGCUCAUCUCACCAGAUGGCAUCUUCAAAAGGGUGGUAUCAACAGGAGGAGAUGGAGUCUUGAUGCUGGCACAGAGGGAGUAUAAAGUACUAACCUAUCGCUCUCUCCAGCCCAAAUUUGACUUCUUGGACAGAGGGGUGACUAAAGUGAAAGACUAUUUCUACAGGGAUCAUUCCAUGAUGCUGUGGGACGUAAUUCACAAGUUUGUUUCAGGUAUAGUUUCUUUGUACUACAAGAGUGAUAGUGAAGUGGACCAGGACUCAGAACUCCAAGCUUGGAUUAAGGAUGUGGCUACAGAGGGCUUUGUGGAUGUGCCUCAUUUUGGUUUAGCCAGUGAACUUAAGACAAAAGAAGAACUGAUCACACUGAUAAGUGUUGUGAUAUUCACCAGCACAGCACAACAUGCAGCCACCAAUAACGGACAGUUUGAUUGGUGUGCGUGGGUACCCAACACCCCCUGCACCAUGCGGCACCCCCCUCCAACUGAUAAGGAUGCUGUUACGAUGGACUUAAUCAUGGCCACACUUCCUGAUAUCAGUCAGUCCUGUCUGCAGAUGGCCAUCACGUGGCAUCUGGGUCGGGCGCAGCCAGAUGCGAUCCCAAUGGGCCAUUACGUGGAACAGUACUUGAUCGAGCCUGCUGCUUUGAGGGUGAUUGACGAAUUCAGAAAGAAUUUAAAAGAUCUGGAGGAGCAGAUGAUCUCUCAGAGUGAGGGACUAGAACUGCAGUACCUUUACCUGUGUCCAAGUCACAUUGAAAACAGCAUCACCAUUUAGAGAAAGUGAAAAAUGAGAAAGCUUUUUUCCAUUCAACUGAAUUGUAAUUACUUAAAAUAUGAUGUCCCACAACUUCCAUAAAAAUGUGAAGAAGAAACUUUUUAACAUAAAAUGUUUUAUUGUAACUUAUUUACUUGAUUGUGCUUUGUGUGGCUUCUCACUGCAUUUAAUUUCAUGAAAUGCUCCUUAAAGUCUGCUUCUAACUAAAA